AUGGAGAAUCAGGGCCACAACAACCAGGACCCCGAAGGGCCCACCAACAACGAGGCGCCGGCUCCGGUAAAGGCGGAGGCCGCUGCUGCCGUAUCGGCACAGCAGAUUUCGCUGAAGGUUGUCAACGCCGACGGCGCAGAGAUGUUCUUCAAGAUCAAGCGAGGGACGCAGCUGAAGAAGUUGAUCGACGCGUACUGUAAGAAGCAGGGCAUUUCACGCGGUAGCGUUCGUUUCCUGUUCGACGGCGCGCCGAUUGAUGAGAGCAAGACGCCGGAGGAUUUGGGCAUGGAGGACGACGACGUGAUAGACGCCAUGGUGGAGCAGACAGGAGGGUCCGGGGUGGGACAGCGGUGA